UGGCCAACAUGCCCAACUUGGUUUUGGAGUGUCACUUCUGCUCAACACGCUUUCAAUCUCUCACACAGAAUCUUGGAAAUAUCUUUAAUCUACCUCAACCUUACGAGAAUGCUUGGCUCUUCGAUAGAGCUUCCAAUGUGUACUGGGAAGAAAGAGUGGAAAAUCCAUUUACGACAUUGAUUUCAGUUGCUGGUCAGGAGGGGAGCACCCAGAUGACACUGACCAAUGUUUCCUGUUCUGGAUGUGGAACUCCAUGUGGCUUGAAAAUUGUUGCGGUUGGUCCACAUCCUCUGUUCCGUCGAGGACAAUAUAUAUUAUAAGCAAAGUAAGCUUUUAUAAUAUGAUCC